CCCCGCUUAAUUAAAAAAAGUUAAAAGGUCGCUUACCCUCACCGGAUGGUGAGUAACACCCCAAGGUUUCCUCCCCACUCCGGUAACUCGCUCUUGUAGCUUCCCAAUCCCUGGCCUCUUUCUCGCUCCCCAUCGGAAACGAUUCUUUCUCCCAAAUUUCCCUACUCCAACCCAAAAUUCGAGAAUAAAACCCUAGAAAAGAGGAGAAUUCCGAGAUCAAUAGCUCGGCCAUGGACGUCUUGGCUCUCAAUCCCAAGAGUGGAGGUCCGGUCUGGGGGGCGGCGACGAAGAGGCUGGACAAGGGGCUGCUGACCGUGAGGCGGAGCGCCGGAUGGGGGGUCCUUGGCGGCGAGGAGGAGGUCCUCGGCUUCGGUGGAGGUCUCGGGAUUAGGGUUUCGUCGAGGAGGGCGGGGAGGACUUCUUCCUUUAGGUACCGAUCUCUUGUGGUUAGGGCUACGGGCAAGAAGAAGAGCCAUGAUAACUCCCCUUCUUCUGCAGGAAAUAAUGAUCCAUCAAUUCCUGAGGGAGAUGGCUCUGAAGGAACUCGUCCAUUACACGACAAAUCAAAAUCCAGUGAGUCCUCCCGCAAGUCCCAUCAUACAUUGUCUGAUUGGCGAGAUUUCAGAGCCAAACUUGUGCAUGAUGAGCAGUUGGUAGAUCCUGAUGCUCCUAUAGAGGACACAGCCUCAGAUGUGCCAUCCCAGCGGCUUGGUCUAACAUGGGCCCACCCGCUCUCCGUGCCAGAAACAGGGUGCUUGUUAGUUGCAACUGAGAAGCUUGAUGGGGUAAGCAGUUUUGAUAGAACUGUUGUUCUCCUCCUCAGAUUAGGAACCAGAGACCCAAGAGAGGGCCCAUUUGGAGUCAUUCUCAACCGCCCUCUCAACAAGAAGAUCAAGCAUAUGAAGCCAUCCAAUCCUGACCUCGCAACCACCUUUGCAGAUUGCUCACUUCACUUUGGGGGCCCCCUUGAUGCUAGCAUGUUUGUACUGAAGGCCAGUGGUAAUUCAUCAGUUCCAGGCUUCGAACAGGUGGUUCCAGGCAUUUAUUUUGGCGCCCGGAACAGCUUAGAUGAAGCUGCGGGACUUGUCAAGAAAGGGGUGCUUAGGCCCCAGGAUUUCAGAUUCUUUGUUGGAUAUGCUGGGUGGCAGUUUGAUCAACUGCAAGAGGAGAUUGAAUCGGAUUAUUGGGUCGUUGCUGCAUGCAGCUUACAGUUGAUUAGUAGUGCCCUAGCAGAUUCUUCAACUAAUCUGUGGCAGGAGAUUUUGCAGCUGAUGGGGGGGCAGUAUUCAGAAAUGAGCCGGAAGCCGAAGCAAGAUGGCUCUUGAAGAAGGUUGCAUGUGGUAUCCUUCAGGGCAAAUACUGGAAUCAUUUGUACAGAAGGUGCUUAUAAACUUAACUUAUAAUAUUAAUUAUAUUCUUCCCUGCAAUUGUGUAGUUUCUUGUGCAUAAUUUCUUAUUUUUAUAUGAUAAAAACACUCGCCGAAAGUAAUUUUGAGCUUUCUGUUAAUUAA